AUGUCUUCAAAAGUCGUACUCGUCACCGGUGCGAAUCAGGGGUUGGGAUUUGAGACUAUUCACGUAACUGCUCUACGCGAUCCCUCCGCAACCUACCUCCUCGGAUCUCGCAAUCUGGAGUCCGGCUACGACUCCGUGAAGAGACUGAAAGAUCUGGGUGUGAAAGCCGAGAUUGAAGUGCUCCAGCUCGACGUCACCAACGACGAGCAAAUCGAGGCAGCUGUGGACACAGUGCAAAAGAAGUAUGGGAAACUUGACGUGCUCGUAAACAAUGCUGGGAUCGGGUUCAUAGGACGGAAACCAGAUGUGACGUUGUCUGAUAUCAGGAACACGUAUAAUGAUGUCUUCAACGUCAAUAUGACCUCUGUUGCGGUCGUCACUACUGCUUUCCUCCCGCUCCUCCACGCCGCCAAAUCGCCAAAGGUAAUCAACAUCACGUCUGGCUUGGGCAGCAUGACGAUCAACUUGAAGAAGAAAAUCGGGAGGAGUGUACCAUACGGGGCUAGUAAGGUGGGCUUGAAUGGCCUAUCGGUGCAUAUGCAAAUCGCGGAGAAUGAUCGGAUCGAGAGAGAGGAAGCUAAAGGGAAGGGCAAGAGUGAAGGCAGGAUUAGAUAUUUUGUUGUGCAGCCUGGGUUGUUGAAAACUGCCUUCACCGGGUUCAUGCCGCAUGCGAAGGAUCCGAAAGAUGGCGCGGAGGUGGUGACUCGGUUGGCGCUUGAUGAUGAGGGCGUCUAUUCAGGGGGGACAUAUUGGGAGUUUGAGAGCGGAGAGAUGAGGGAGGUUCCUUGGUAAGGAAGAAAGUGUCGGUGUUACUAUCACCGAUGGUUCUCAUGUGUUUCCGAAUUUUUGAACGAAGGAAGUUUCGGUCCAGGUGAGUUUUGAAGUGUACUGAAUCAGCAUAUUAGGAUCUCAGCCCAUCUGAUGGUAGCCAUCAAUUCCAGU